AUGGCCGCUGAAGCUAUCAACCUGAAUUAUAUGGAUUUACAAGAGAGUUGCAAGGAUCCACUGGACGAAUUAAGGUCUGUAGAAACUGAAAAACAGAUUAUCUUCAAUGAUAAGCAGGAUUUUUUAAAAGUUCUGAAAAAAAUUAACGACUACAAGGAUGAGCUUAAAAUCAUUUUCCAGCGAGAGAAAGAUGAUUUGGAAGACGAAAAUCAACGUCUAGAAGAAAAGAAACGGAGGCUUGAGCAGGAAAGCAAAGAUUUGGACACAGCUAAGACAGAAAUUCAAAAAGAAUGGAAGCAGAUUGAAGAAGUUAAAACAUCAAAUCAGGAAUUUCUAGAAGAUUUGAUUACGAAAAAAUCUCAAACGGAAAAGCUUUGGAAAUCGCUGCAAGACAGCAAAGCAAGCGCGAUUGAAGAAAUAAACCAGAUGAAAAGAGAUCUGGAGAAAGAGAAAUUCGAUUUUGAUGAAUCAAAGAAAUUAUCAGAAAACAAACUUGAAGAACUGAGACAAGCUUUGCUGGCUGAGAGAGACGAGUUUGAACAGCAGAAGUCUAGCUCAGAGCUGGAGAAUGAAAAUGCUCGACAGAUUCUGCAAGAAGAGAAAGAAAAUCUACAACUUAUUUGGCAAAAUCUGGAGGAAGAGAAGGUGGAUUUUAAAAAUGAGCUUCAAAUAGUAAAGCUAAAGUUAACUGAAAGUCAAAAUCAUUUACAGAAAGGCAUUCAAGAUGUAAUUCUCCAGACAAAAGCCCUGCAGGAAGAUCAGUUGAACUUUGAAAAAGCAACGGCUGAAACAGAAAAGGAGCAUGAAGAAAUAUACAGCUUUCUCCAGGAAGGCUGCACAUGGUUAGACUUGGAGAAACAAAGCCUGGAGCGGCAGAAACUCGAAUUUGUGGAAGUUCAGAACAAAUUGGAUCAGAAUAAUAAGGAACUCCUGCAAAAAGAGAGAGAACGGAUGAAUCAGGAGCUGCGAGAGGAAAAUAUUCACUUUCUUGAACUGAUAAAAGCAGAAAGACUUUGUCUAAAAAACGGUCAGAACAGUUUGCAGGAGGGAUUAGAAGAUCUGAUUCUCGACAGGAAAAAUUUUCAGAAGGAAAUGAUUCACUUUGAAACACAGAAGACAGAAUCUGAAAAGGAGAUUGCAGAAAUAUACAGUGGUCUCCAAGAGGGGUUCGACAUUUUACAUGUCGAGAAGGAAAGUCUGAUGCAACAGAUGGCAGAAUUUGAGCAAAAAGAGAAAGAAUCAAAUCAGCUUUAUCUGGAAGUUUAUCAGACUCUCCAGGAUGAAAGGGAACAUUUAGAGCUGAUGAAACAGAGUCUGCAGGAUGAAAAGAUUCACUUUGUUGAACUGAUGAAAACAGAAAGUCUUAGUUUACAUGAGAAACAAACUGAUCUGGAGAAGGGAUUAGAAGAUCUGAUUCUUGAUAGGAAGAGUCUGAGUGAAGAUAUGAUUCACUUUCAGCAGAAAAAGGAAGAUUCACCUCAUGAAAUGAAUUCAGUCCUUCAGACUCUGAAAGACGAGAGAGAAAGCUUAGAGCUGAUGAGGCAGGCUCUGGAACAGGAAACAGAGUUUGAAGAAGCAAAUCAAAAAGAAACCUCCAACAUAAAUGAUACAGAAACAGCUGCGGAGGACGAGGUAGAAAGUCCUUCUGCUCAGACUGAAUUUCUGCAGGAACGAAUGAUGAGUUUUGAACUUCCCCAGACUAAAUCUGAAGAGGAGAUAAGUGAAAUGUACAAUUAUCUCCAAAAUGGGCUUAUAUAUGUAGACGCUGGACUAGAAAGUCUGGAAAAUCAGAGGAAUACAUUUGAGGAGAUGGAGAAAGAGUCUCAUCAGACUUUACGAGACAUCCAGCGGGGUCUCCAGGAGGAGAGAGAUAGUUUAGAAAUGAAGAAACACAGCCUGGAGGAAGAAAAAUUGGAGUUUGAAAAUAUGAUUGCAACGGAAAAACUUAGUUUACAUGAGAGACAAAAAGAUCUGGAGAAGGGAGUAGAAGAUCUGAUUCUUGAUAGGAAAAUGUUUCAGAAGGAAAUGAUUCACUUUGAAACACAGAAGAAAGAAUCUGAACAGGAGAAUGCAGAAAUAUACAGUCGUCUCCAAGAGGGGUUCGACAUUUUACACGUCGAGAAGGAAAGUCUGAUGCAACAGAUGGCAGAAUUUGAGGAAAAAGAGAAAGAAUCAAAUCAGCUUUAUCUGGAAGUUUAUCAGACUCUCCAGGAUGAAAGGGAACAUUUAGAGCUGAUGAAACAGAGUCUGCAGGAUGAAAAGAUUCACUUUGUUGAACUGAUGAAAACAGAAAGUCUUAGUUUACAUGAGAAACAAACUGAUCUGGAGAAGGGAUUAGAAGAUCUGAUUCUUGAUAGGAAGAGUCUGAGUGAAGAUAUGAUUCACUUUCAGCAGAAAAAGGAAGAUUCACCUCAUGAAAUGAAUUCAGUCCUUCAGACUCUGAAAGACGAGAGAGAAAGCUUAGAGCUGAUGAGGCAGGCUCUGGAACAGGAAACAGAGUUUGAAGAAGCAAAUCAAAAAGAAACCUCCAACAUAAAUGAUACAGAAACAGCUGCGGAGGACGAGGUAGAAAGUCCUUCUGCUCAGACUGAAUUUCUGCAGGAACGAAUGAUGAGUUUUGAACUUCCCCAGACUAAAUCUGAAGAGGAGAUAAGUGAAAUGUACAAUUAUCUCCAAAAUGGGCUUAUAUAUGUAGACGCUGGACUAGAAAGUCUGGAAAAUCAGAGGAAUACAUUUGAGGAGAUGGAGAAAGAGUCUCAUCAGACUUUACGAGACAUCCAGCGGGGUCUCCAGGAGGAGAGAGAUAGUUUAGAAAUGAAGAAACACAGCCUGGAGGAAGAAAAAUUGGAGUUUGAAAAUAUGAUUGCAACAGAAAAACUUAGUUUACAUGAGAGACAAAAAGAUCUGGAGAAGGGAUUAGAAGAUCUGAUUCUUGAUAGGAAAAUGUUUCAGAAGGAAAUGAUUCACUUUGAAACACAGAAGACAGAAUCUGAAAAGGAGAAUGCAGAAAUAUACAGUCGUCUCCAAGAGGGGUUCGACAUUUUACACGUCGAGAAGGAAAGUCUGAUGCAACAGAUGGCAGAAUUUGAGGAAAAAGAGAAAGAAUCAAAUCAGCUUUAUCUGGAAGUUUAUCAGACUCUCCAGGAUGAAAGGGAACAUUUAGAGCUGAUGAAACAGAGUCUGCAAGAUGAAAAGAUUCACUUUGUUGAACUGAUGAAAACAGAAAGUCUUAGUUUACAUGAGAGACAAAAAGAUCUGGAGAAGGGAUUAGAAGAUCUGAUUCUUGAUAGGAAAAUGUUUCAGAAGGAAAUGAUUCACUUUGAAACACACAAGACAGAAUCUGAAAAGGAGAAUGCAGAAAUAUACAAUCGUCUCCAAGAGCCAUGUGAGGAAAAAGAGGAAGAAUCAAAUCAGCUUGAUCUGGAAAUGUAGAGCUGACGAGGCAGGCUCUGGAACAGGAAAUAGAGUUUGAAGAAGCAAAGAAGAGUUUCAAGAAUCUGAAGGACCAACAGCAUUUAAUGAGAGAAAUGCGAGUAACUGAACCCAAACAAUGUGACAAAGAUGGUUUAUUUGCGAGAAGGGACAGAAAAUCUUUUAUGACUCUUACUUUAGAUUUUCCUUAUAAUUUAGACUUACUUAUAAUUUAGAUUAAUAGUCCAAUCGUAUACUCAGGGGUUAGGGUUAGAGCUCAACUAUAACCAUGUGUCAUCAUUUGAACUUCAUGCACUUUAAGGGAAGCUAGGUUUCAAUCUAGGGGCGCUUCAACUCCGCCCAAACUGGGCUAGAAACACGUGCUAAUAAUUUAGACCUUUACUUAUAAUCGGGUUUCUAAUUACAGGGGAGCUAAGGGGAGCCCGGCUGUCUUCUUCAGGAUAUUUCUAGUUUAUUUAUUUAUUUACUUAUUUAUGGCAACGUAAUUAGCACACAACAUUGUAAAAAUGCCUCUUUAAUUGGCCUGCCAAAUAAUUAAUGAUUUGCUUUGAUGACAUCAUCAAAAGGGGUGGGGCAAGGGGAAUUCCAACAGAAAAUGUGUGCCAGGUUCCUUUUUAACAGUUCUUCAGGGAUUUUCUAGUUUAACCUAAAGU